AUGACAUCGGCCGGGCAGAGGCUCCUGGUGCUUCUCACACUUCUCUGCAUUAGUGGGGCAGCUGAAUCAAAGAGGAAUUUCAAAUGUCCUUCAGGAUGUGCCUGCUCCAAGGAGACCAUCAUCUGUGUCGGUCCGGCUCACAUGCCCAGGACCAUACCCAGCGACAUCAACUCACUGAGCAUGGUGAAUGGAUCCAUCCCUGAAAUCACAGAGGGCAUGUUCGCUCUCAUGCCUUCUCUUCAGCUGCUGCUUUUAAAUGCAAAUUCUUUGACCACAAUUAAAGAUGAUGCUUUCUCUGGUCUCCCACAUCUAGAAUACUUAUUCAUCGAAGGCAACAAGAUUGAAACAAUCACCAAAAAUUCCUUGCGUGGUCUACGAGAUUUGACUCAUCUCUCUCUCGCCAACAACAAGAUGAGCUUUCUGCCAAGAGAUCUUUUUUUUGACUUGGAUUCAUUGCUGGAACUGGAUCUACGAGGCAACUCUUUCCAGUGCAGCUGUGAGAACAAAUGGCUGAUGACGUGGCUGAAAAACACAAACGCCACAGUGUCGGAUGUCUUCUGUGCAGGGUCCAGUGAUAUGAAGGGCAAACGGCUCCGCGACCUUCCAAUUCCACCGGGCGGGUGCAUGUCCACAGACUUUGUGCGUCAUCAGUCCAUUCCCAUUCAGUCCAUGUCAGCAGACAUCUUCUCCUUUAAAGAGGACAUCUAUGUGGCGAUGGCUGCUCCCAACACCAACAGCUGCGUGGUCAUGGAGUGGGAUCACAUCGAAAUGAACUUCAGAAAAUUUGACAAUAUCACAGGGAAGUCGGUUGUUGGAUGUAAGUCGGUCCUGAUCGACAACCACGUCCUGAUAAUUGUCACCCAGCUCUUUGGUGGAUCCCACAUUUAUAAGUUUGACGAACAACAAAACAAGUUCACCAAGUUUCAAACGAUUGAAGUCUUCAACAUCUCCAAGCCGAAUGACAUCGAGGUCUUCCAAAUGGACGGUGAUUGGUAUUUUGUGAUUGUGGACAGCUCAAAGGCUGGACUGUCCACUCUGUACAAGUGGAUCGACCAGCCAGACCGUAAUGAAACUGGUUUUAACUCCUACCAGUUUCUCCACGAGUGGUUUCGCGAUACGGACGCUGAGUUUGUUCAAGUGGACGGGAAGUCCUACCUCAUCUUAGCCAGUCGAUCUCAGUCACCUGUCAUCUACCUGUGGAACAAAAGCUCCCUGAAGUUCAUUCUCCAUGGUGAGAUUCAGAAUGUGGAAGAUGUGGUGGCGGUCAAAGCGUUUCGGGAGGACGGAGAGUUGUACCUGGCAACGACCUGCUACAUCGGGGACUCCAAAAUCCUCAAAUGGACCAAUAAGCUGUUCACGGAGGUGCAAGCUCUGCCGUCUCGAGGAGCCAUGGUCCUCCAGCCGUUCUCCUUCAGAGACAGACACUACCUCGCCCUCGGCAGCGACUACUCCUUUACACAGAUCUACCUCUGGGACGCGACGACCAAAACCUUUCACAAGUUCAAGGACAUUUACGUGCAAUCGCCUCGGUCGUUUACAGUCGUGACCACAGACCGCAGGAAUUUCAUCUUCUCUUCCAGCUUCAAGGGCAAAUCCAUGGUUUUUGAGCAUAUUACUGUCGAUUUGAGCCUAUAG